AUGCCAAAGAGUAGCCAAUUCAUCAUCCAUGCCUCAGGCGAGACAACGCACUACAUCGCCGACGACUUCACCGAUCCCUGGCGAGCAGACCGGCAAACGAUCCUGCUUCAGGGCGGCUUUGCUCGCCAUGCUGCCUUCUUCUACCACUGGGUUCCCGCUCUUUCACGGCACUACAACGUGAUCCGGCGAGACUUGCGCGGCCACGGGUACUCUAGUGCGCCGUCUAUCUCCAAGAAACCAGACGCGUACACGCUAGACGCUAUUCUCGGUGAUAUCAUCGAUACCCUCGACCAGCUGGGGAUCGAGAAGGUGCAUUUCUUCGGAGAGAGCACCAGUGGAAUGUUAGGGGAGAUGCUGGCCGCAAAGCACCCGAAGCGUCUGCACAGUCUGACCAUUUGCUCUUCUCCCGCCUACCUGCCGGAGAGCACGCAGAAAUUCCUGGCGUUCGGAGAAGAAAGUUUCGCCGCAGCAUGUCGGAAACUCGGGUCUCGAGAAUGGGCGACCAGGCUGAAAUCCCAGCCGGGGACCAUGGCCCAUCCUGAUCCGGGAUAUCAUCGUUGGUGGCUUGAUCAGAUCUCAAUCAGUUCCGGUGAAGGACUGGCCAGCUACGCCGAGUUCCUGAGCACGCUUGACGCCCGACCGUGUCUCUCUCAAAUUCAGAUUCCGGUCCUCAUUCUCGCGCCUGCAAAUAGUGCUGCGACAAAGUUGGGGGAGCAGAGGGGAAUACAGCAGCAGAUCCAAGGUAGCAAAUUGGUGGUUGUUGGGGGGGCAGGCCACGAGAUAUACGUGGACAAAGCCGACCAAUGUAUCAGCGAAUUUCUGGAAUUCAUCCGGAAGCUCAAAGGAUAG